AUGUUCGGCUACGAUAUGUCCUGGGCCUCCUUCCAUGUCCUCGAGGUCAUGUCUUCGCCGAAAUUCCACCAGAAGCGCGUUGGAUACCUUGGAGCCGUGCAGAGCUUCCGUGUUGAUACUGAAGUCCUCAUGUUGGCUACCAAUCUUUUGAAAAAGGAUAUUGUAUCUGCUCAGGUUCCUACGAUGUCCCUGCCUCUCAUCACACUUCCGCAUAUCAUCUCGCCCUCUCUUGCAUUGUCACUGCUCUCAGACCUGUUACCUCGCUUGACACACUCACAUUCAGUAGUAAGGAAGAAAACCGUGGUUAACCUCUACCGGCUGUCGUUGGUAUAUCCGGAGGCAUUCCGCAUAGCGUGGCCAAAGAUAAAGGAUAGAUUAAUGGAUACAGAAGAAGACGGGAGUGUCACAGCAGCCGUUAUCAAUGUCGUCUGUGAACUAGGCUGGAGGAGGCCACAGGACUUUCUACCUCUGGCACCACGUUUAUUUGAACUACUGGUUGACGGAGGGAAUAAUUGGAUGGCCAUAAAAAUAAUCAAGCUUUUUGCUUCGUUAACUCCGCUUGAACCAAGAUUAGUUAAGAAGCUCAUACGGCCUCUAACUAACAUCAUUCAAACGACGUCUGCUAUGUCUUUAUUAUAUGAAUGCAUCAACGGUAUCAUCCAGGGUGGCAUUCUCGAUGGUGUAGAAGGGAUCCGUGAAGGAGAGGUCAUUGCACAAUUAUGUGUAGAUAAGCUCCGAGGCAUGCUUGUGUUGGAAGAGGAUCCCAAUUUGAAAUAUGUUGCGCUCCUCGCAUUCAACAGGAUCGUGACGACUCAUCCCAUGCUAGUCUCAGCGCAUCAGGAUGUAAUCAUGGGAUGUCUUGACGACAACGAUAUUUCUAUCAGACUUCAGGCCCUUGAACUGGUUUCGGGGAUGGUCGCUAGUGACUCGCUGCAGUCUGUAGUCAAUCAUCUAAUUACCCAGCUGCAGACGUCCUCUGCUGUUUCAGACGGUCCUACUGCCACUACUUCUCUACUUGCACACAUUACCCCGGCUGCAGACCAGGACGAUGAAGACCCGGAAUCUCACCUGGAGCUCGCUAGACAGGAUAGGAUGGCUCCACCCCCACUCCCGAACGAAUAUCGUCUGGAAGUUCUCCACCGAAUCUUAGACAUCUGUUCGCGGGAUACAUAUUCCAACCUCACCGACUUCGAGUGGUAUGUCGAUGUCCUAGUGCAGUUGGUCCGGCUAAUUCCACCGGUCAGUGCCUCCAAAACAAACGAUGAGCAUUCUUCCAGGGACGCCCAUGACCAGAGAGCAGAUAUAUCCAAUCGAAUUGGCUCUGAGCUCCGCAAUGUGGCUGUGAGAGUCAGGAGCGUCCGCCCUGAAGCAACUCGCGCAGCCGAAACACUGGUGCUCAUAGAUAAUCGAGCCGCUCUGUUUCCCUCCUCUGGUACUUCAAGCACAAACCUACUAGAGCCCAUUGCCUGGAUAGUGGGUGAAUAUGCCGAGUAUCUUAACUUCCCCGACCAAUCGCUUUCAUCCCUUAUACAUUCAUCCAAUCUGAGUCUUUCUCCAAAGGUUCUUUCAGGAUAUAUUCAAGCCAUUCCCAAAGUCUUUGUUCAACUUACAUCUCAAUUCUAUGACUGGAACAUAGACAGACAGGGAGAGGUAUCGCUCUUGCUUGCACGGAUCACCGAUUUCUUGGAGAAGCUUUCCUCCCACCCAGAGUUGGACGUGCAGGAACGGGCUAUCGAGUUCUUAGAACUUUUACGCUUAACAAAGGAGGCGGUAUCAACAUCAGACAUUGAAUCGGGGAAUGUACCUCUUCUUGUUUCCUCGGCUAUACCAAGCUUAUUUACUGGCCUAGACCUUAAUCCUGUAGCAGCCGGCGCGCAGAAGAAAGUCCCGAUUCCAAGUGAUCUUGACCUAGAUCAACCAAUAAAUCCUCGGUAUAUCCACAUCCAACGUGAAUCAAGCAAUGGUUGGCUUGAUUCCUCUACCCACGAUGAAUGCUAUCAAUUCUACCACAUACCAGACUCGACAUCCUUUGUCACCAAGCCACAAAAGGAGAUCCUUUCCCCCACUCCUAUCCAACCAACUUCUUAUCAGAAUCUUUCCGAAGGGAUGUUAUCUGAACCUGCAGAUGCCGUCGCCAAACGGCGUAUGGCAAGGAGAGAGCGCAAUAAGGAUGAUCCUUUCUAUAUCGGCCUCGGACAAGGUGAAGGGGAAUCAUCAGAUUCAGCUACACCGUUCAACCAGGCGCUACGUGGUGCCAAUGAAGAAGACCUAGAUCUUGACUCAAUUCCCAUCAUUGAUCUAGCAAUUGGUCAACAGAACUCAGGAAACCCAGAUAUCCAAAAGCCACGCAAACCAAAACGCAAAACGAAGCCUAAGAAAGUUGAAAUCAUAGGAGAUGAAACACUUGAAUUUGAAAACCCGUCCUCACCUACUGUUCGACCCGCUUCUGCGCCAACAGGACCCGGAGCAACAAGACCCAAGAAAUCGUUGCUGGAAGUUGAUUCUAGCGGACUAGGGCAGCUGUCUCUUGAGGAAGAUAGCGGCCUAACACCUGGUGUUGGUGAUAUAGCAAGAAAAGAAGCAGAGGAUGCAGAAAUGAUGAAGGCAAUGGCAGAAAUCCAAAGAUUGCGUCUAGAAAUGCAACGGGAAGCAGAAGCCAUUCACGGCAGCAAGGAGGUUCCUGCUGAAGGCAAGCUGAUCAAGAGGAAAAAGAAGAAGAAGGUUGUAUCUUCUAAGAAAACCAAGUCUGCUUCCCAGGAAGCAGAGGGUGAAUCCUCUCAGCCUCAGGAGAAGGCUGCAGAUGAGGAAGCUGGAGCUCCUGUGGUAAAGAAAAAGAAGAAGAAGAAAGUCGUUGCAUCUCAGAAGGAGACGCCCGUGCAAACGGAAGGUCAGGAGUAG